AUGGAUGAUGAUGAUGAUGAUGAUGAUGAUGAUGAUGAUGAUGAUGAUGAUGAUGCUGAGGAUGAUGAUGGUGAGGAUGAUGAUGAUGAUGGUGAGAGCAAACCAUUUGAGUGCAGCUGUUGUGGCAAAGGUUUUCCCCAGCGCUGGUACCUCGAACGUCACAUGCAUGCAGUCCACAAGGUUUUUGUUCCUCAGGUAAAAUUACCCACGUGCACCAUAUCAGUUUUCGGUGAGUCAUGCAGUAUUGUCGUAGGCAAUGCCGCCCGCCACUGUCUUACUACGCAGUGGUUUACGCUGCCACACCCUUCACCGUGCUCCAAUGAGGGAAAGUCAAUGCGACUUGAGCAACAACAACAGCAGCAGCAGCAAUUACAACAGCAGUUGCUUCAACAGCAGCAAAGCCUGCAGGCUGAUCAGGCGGCCUCAGCACAGUCUCAACAGCAGCAGUUGGCUCUUCAGCAGCACGCCUUAAAUCAGCUCCAACAACACCAGCAACAACAGCAGCAGCAGCAGCAACAGCAAGCCGCUACCCACCACCUCCAGAUUUCUGCCUUCUCCCAUGGACCCUCGAACCCUGUGAGCAUUGGUAAGGACCCUUCACACAUCAUCAGCAUGGGUAUCUCACCCGCAAGAUGUCUGAUUGGCAGUUCCUAG